ACUAAAAGUAGUAUUUACGUUUCAAUUGUUUCAUUUUUGGGUAAAACAGAGUUAUGAAUGCUCUUGCUGCAACUAAUCGUAACUUUCGCAAGGCCAGUCGCAUUCUUGGAUUGGAUUCUAAACUUGAGAAGAGUCUUUUGAUACCUUUCAGAGAAAUCAAGGUAGAAUGUACAAUUCCUAAAGAUGAUGGAACCUUAGUUUCAUACAUUGGAUUCAGAGUUCAACAUGAUAACGCUCGAGGUCCUAUGAAAGGGGGAAUCAGAUACCAUCCUGAGGUUGACCAUGACGAGGUGAAUGCCCUUGCUCAACUAAUGACUUGGAAGACUGCUGUAGCAGAUAUUCCAUAUGGAGGAGCUAAGGGUGGAAUAGGGUGCAUCCCGAAAGAUUUAAGCAUUAGUGAGUUGGAGCGCCUUACACGUGUUUUCACUCAGAAAAUUCAUGAUCUUAUUGGAAUUAAUACUGAUGUCCCUGCGCCUGAUAUGGGCACUAAUUCCCAGACCAUGGCGUGGAUGUUGGAUGAGUAUUCAAAGUUCCAUGGGCACUCACCUGCAAUUGUGACUGGAAAACCUAUUGAUCUUGGGGGAUCAUUGGGUAGGGACGCUGCUACUGGCCGUGGUGUAGUUUAUGCAACAGGUGCUUUACUUGCUGAAUAUGGAAAGAAUAUUAAGGACUUGACUUUUGUCAUUCAGGGAUUUGGAAAUGUGGGAGCUUGGGCAGCAAAGCUUAUUCAUGAGAAAGGCGGGAAGGUGAUUGCAGUGAGUGACAUAACUGGAGCAGUCAAGAAUCCUAACGGGCUUGAUAUAGCCGCUUUGAUGAAUUACAAAGAAGCAACAGGGACACUGACUGGUUUUAGUGGUGGAGACUCGAUGAAUUCAGACGAAUUGCUUACACAUGAGUGUGAUGUUCUCAUACCUUGUGCUUUGGGAGGAGUUUUGAACAGAGAAAAUGCUGAGCAUAUCAAGGCCAAGUUCAUAAUAGAAGCAGCAAAUCAUCCUACUGAUCCCGAAGCUGAUGAGAUCUUGUGCAAGAAAGGAGUUGUUAUACUUCCCGACAUAUAUGCCAAUGCUGGAGGUGUUACUGUCAGCUAUUUUGAGUGGGUUCAGAAUAUUCAAGGUUUUAUGUGGAAUGAGGAGAAGGUUAACAUGGAGCUUGAGAAGUACAUGACGAAUGCCUUCCAUAACCUAAAGAACAUGUGUAAGACACACAAUUGCAAUCUUCGUAUGGGUGCUUUCACAUUGGGAGUGAAUCGUGUUGCACGUGCUACAAUGUUAAGAGGUUGGGAGGCGUAGUCGUGGCACAACAUACAUAUACUCUUUGUUUGCUGGAUAAACCUAGUCAUUUUAUGGUACAUUUGAAAGCAGUUGUUAAAUAAUUCUUCACUGUUAUGCGGCUUCUCAUAUUAUUGCUACACUGUAAAGUAUGUGCUGCAAAUUGAAUGGAAGAUAUAUAUAGAUAUAGACUUAUGAA